GCGGCCGGCGACUGAGCUGAGAAGGAAACUGUGCUCUGGGCUCUCAGAAGACAGCUGCGGCAUGACAGGCGAGGAGGCAGUGGUGGUGACCACAGCGGUGGCGCCCGAGGCGGGUCGCGAAGAGGAGCAGCCUCCGCCCCCAGCAGGGCUGGGGUGCGAGGCGCGAGGGGAGCCCGGCCGCGGCCCACUAGAGCACGGCCAGCAGUGGAAGAAAUUUUUAUAUUGUGAGCCACAUAAGAGAAUUAAGGAAGUACUGGAAGAAGAACUUUAUAUUAAGAGAGAUGAAUGCCACAUUAAAAAUCCAGCUGCAGUGGCCCUGGAAGGGAUUUGGAGCAUUAAAAGGAAUCUCCCUGUAGAAGGCUUGAAGCCAGGACUGCCGAGCAGAAACAGUUUAUUGCCACAAGUCAAGUACUAUUCCAGGCACGGAGGACUGAGAAGUAAGACCCUGAUGCCCUUGACUUCCACUGAAGCCCCUGAGGGGACUUUGCAGUUUACAGACAAGUGGUAUAUGCUCUGUUUAAAGAUCUCAAUCAGAAUUCAACCUUCCUUUGACUUGUUUCUCUUGGGUCGCUUUUAGUUUGGCCAUAUUAUGUCAUUAUGGAACUCAAACUGUAACAAUUCAUCUAACCAAUUUACCCCCAUGGAUACAACAGAAGUUCAUCCUCUGGGUUACACUCAUGACUUUUUUCUUUACUUUCUGUCUACACAAGACUUUCUAGCACACAGUCAGCCUUUGUGAAGAGGAAUCCUGCACUGUCUUUUCUUCUAGAUAGAGGAUCAUUGUUUCCCAGUGUAAAUGAGGAAAGGGAAAUGAGAGAAUGAAGGAAGAAUAUGGCAACUACUUUGCUUGGCUCUCUUAGUUUCACCUUAUUCCAGGAAUGAGGCCACCAGACUGGGCCCAGGAUACCGUUGUUCCUCAGCAGACAUAAACUUUGGAACAAAAUAUUACUCAUUCCUCACUGUCAUAGCCAGUGUCUGCCAGGAACAUUUGUAGCAGGAUGUGGGGAAGACAGAGGUCUUCAUAUGGAAGCACAGUGUCCAGAUAAUCUAGGGUCAUGCAGCUAGGUACAUAAGUCCUUAAAAUAGACCUACAAUUGGGAGAUUACCCUGGGUCAAAAGGGAGAAGUAGAUAAAAUUCAAGCUUGAUACUCAACCAAGAUAUGAAUCAUAAUAGCAAUGCUAUAUAGCAUUGCUUAUUCUAGAUUCUUAAUAUAUGCAAUAAU